AUGGCCGCUCCCGCUUCCAAGACCAUCCACGACCUUAACGGUUCCUGGACUGCUAACAACACCCUCUCCGAGUCCUCAGCCGAUAUCCUCAAGGUCCAGGGCGUGAACUGGCUGACCCGCAAGGUCAUUGCCAUGGCCCACGUGACUCUGAUCAUCAGCCAGAGCACGGACGAGACCGGCAACAUCCACCUCGACAUCGAGAACAAGCCCAGCGGUGGCCUCCCCGCUACCCAGGAGAAGCGUGUCCUGAACUGGGAGCCUGUGGAGCUCACCCACGGCCUCUUCGGCAACAUCCGCGGUCGCUCCCGCAUCUGCAAGCUCGCCGAUCUCGACGACGACUACCUCCGCCAGGGUUGGGAGGACGGCACUGAGGAGGUCAUGCACUUCAAGACUGAGCACCUCGACUCCAAGGGCGUCAUCACCCAGCAGGUCGCUGGCUUCAUUGUCAUCGGCGGCACUCGCUACCACGCUAGGCGGGUCCUCGUCACUAAGGAUGAUGGCGAGAGGCUUGAGGCUAAGCUUGUCUAUGACUACCAGGGUUAAAUUUAGAUUUAAACGACCCGGAGUGUAUAUGUAUUGAUGGCUGUUUGACUGUGGGGGGUGGGCUACAUCAAAGGGGGUAUAGUAUACCAGCCUUGAGGCGAUGUAUAUAGAUUCUGUUUUCUGGUUCUUUUUCAUUUUUUUCAUUUGUACUUGACG